UGAAAACCCAGUGGCAGAAAAAGUGGAAGAAAUGAAUCACAAAGACGGCACUGAUUCUUGGUUUUCUCAAAGGCCGGAAACGCCCCCUUGGGAUGCAGCAGAGUAGAAUCAACUAAUUUCUGUAGGGCCGAUGCUGCCACUACUAGAGCAGUACGCGGGCAUCGGUUCUUAUGACUCAACCACACUCAGGGGGAUACCAUGGCAAGUUCAGUCACAGGGCGCUAACGCUGACAAAUGUACGGGCGACCAACUUCAAGUAGCUAAUGUGGCAAAUCAAGGACCUUCAUGCAGCACAUGGCAUCAGGCGGCAACCAUGUACCUGCCAUCAACAUCGUACACAGGUUGUUAUGGUGCAACCACAUCGGCAAACGUCUCAUGGAAAGCUUCACAGUUGCAGGACAACGUUAUUGCAGAUAGAGCACAUCAAAAUGGAAUGACAAACUAGAUACGAUCAGCACAUGUGACACAACAAGGUAAAAAAAUUGUGAAACAGAAAAAUAGUAGUGCAUUUGCUUUUGUGGAAAAAGCACGGGAGGAAAAAAGUAGAUUUGUCACGGUGGUGUUGGAAAAAACAAACAAAAAAUGCUACCAAGUGUGGUGUGCAAAAAAUCAUCUAUUGUCUUCACGAUUUGCCAACUGCUAUAUGAUUGUGUGCAACA